UCAUUUCUCCUCUCUCUCUUCCCUCUCUCUCCUCUUUCUGCGCUUCUUCUCUCGCUUAUUCCUUCUCUUUCUCUCUCUUUAUAUACUGUCUCAUACACUCCCCUGCUGCUCAUCUUCUCUGGUUAGCUCUCGUCGGAGAGUGGAGUGAUUUCCUUCGACUCUUAGUCGUUCAUUGAGCUUUGUUCUGAAGUUUCUUCACGCAAAUUCUCCUUAGAUUCGUUUCGAUUUGAGGUAUUUCCUCUGGGUUUUACACUGCUUUCAUAACAGUUCUCAGGCUCUGUAAUUCAUCUCAGCUUCGUCGAAUUAUCAACUACUUUCUAUUCUCUCUGUUUUCCGCGCUUCAUAGCUUGUCGAAUCCCUUCUUCCCCUGGCUUCCGGCUUUACUUGUACCCUCCUUUAGAUCUACGUAUUUCAAGUGUCUAACCAGUUCGAGUACAACUAGCUUCCCGCCAUAAUCAGCAAAUUCGUUGAUUUUCUGGUGAAUUUUGUCCAAGUAACGGAACUAUGCAGUGAGAAGUUCUUUAUUUCUGUCAUUUCUGUUUCCGCUUGGAAUUGCACUCGAAUCGCGACAAGGCGAGAAAGAUAAAGGGAGUACGAGAAGAUGGCAUCUUCUGAUAACUUGGCCAGCCUCGAGCCGUGGACUUUCCGGACCUUCACCGACUCGUGGGUCUCCGACGCUUUCCUCCGUGACACCGAAACCCUAACCAAGGCUCUGCAGAAGUCUCUCUCCAACGACUCCGACACGCUAACAGUAGCAGGAGAUACCAACUCGGCCGCUUCAAUCUUCAACCUCAUCAAGCCCGAAACCGUGCCAACACCAACGGGCUCAGGAUCGGAGCCCGAAAUGGCCACGAAACGCCGGAACACGGCCCCCGCCGCCACCGGAAAGAUCUCAAAGCGCAAGUCCCGGGCGUCGAAGCGGUCUCCCACUACCUUCAUCACGGCCGACCCCGCCAACUUCCGCCAGAUGGUGCAACAGGUCACCGGCGUCCGGUUCGGCAAUUCGCCCGUCCCCGGUCCCAUCCUUAAACCAGAACCCCAACGUCCCGGUACCCGGUUGCAGGGCUGCUUGCCGACUCUCGACACGUCGGCGUUUCUGUUAGAUCAUCACCAGCAGCAGAACCAGAUGGUGGGUCCAACCUCCAUGCCCCAGGCCCACGUCUCGUUUGCGCCGGUGGCAAACGGUAGCACAGGUUUAGAUUUCGACGCCUUCCAGAGCUUCCCGACUCUGGAGUCGUGGAGAGUAAUGUAAAAACAAAAAAAAACAAAUCAAAAGCUGUUAUCUGACUUUUGUCUUUUUUUUAUUUUUCUUUCGUUUUUUCGUCCUUUAUAAAUAUAUUUCCGGCACUUUUUUGUUCAUGUUCUUUUUUUUUUCAGCUAGUAACCUGUAAUUUUCAGCCGCUUUGUAAUAGGGGAUCGGGGGUUCUGUUAAUACUUUUGCACCUAGUCAGGGGUGUUUUAGGAAUCAUCUUUUCUAUCAGGCGCAUAUGAGCAAUAUAUUAUAAAUUGAUCUUUCUCCA